GGCGUGGUUUCGUGUCGGAGGCGUGUCCACGGGAAGUGGGCGUGGCCUCGGCCCGGGCGCGGCUGCUCUCGGCGCGGUUCGGUGCUAUCGAAGCAUCAUGAACCGGUUCAAGGCAUCCAAGUUCCGGCACACCGAGGCCCGGCUGCCCCGCAGGGAGGCCUGGAUCGGGGGUAUCCGAGCAGGCUCCGUCGCCUCCUGUGCGAACCACGUGAAGGCCAGCAGCCGCUGGAUCGCAUUCAAUGCUGAAGCGGCAGGUGUGCUGGGCAUCGUGCCUCUGGAGGGCAAGGAUGGAGGCAAGAGGACCGUGUCUCAGCUCUGCUGCCACUCAGAUGUGGUGACGGACUUUGACUUCUCGCCCUUUGAUCAGCUCCUGCUGGCUACAGGCUCUGCUGAUGAGACGGUGAAGGUGUGGCGCUUGCCUGAGAGCGGACAGGACAUACCCAGCAGCGCGGGGCUGACCCUGGGGCCUGGGGGGGCCCCGCUGGACGUGCUGCAGUUCCACCCCACGGCGGAUGGCGUCCUGGCCAGUGGCGCAGGGAAGCGAGUCACCAUCUGGGACCUGGAGCAGCAGCAGCCGCUCACAGCCCUGGACUCGCACGGUGACCAGCUGCAGAGCCUGGCCUGGAAGCGAGACGGCCGCCUUGUCGGCACCUCCUGCAAGGACAAGAAACUGCGAAUCUUUGACCCACGAGCCAGCCCAGCUGCCUCCCAGAGUGUCCCAGGACAUGAGAACAACAAGGACUCCCGUCUGCUCUGGGUGGGCUCCAGCGACUGCCUCAUCUCUGUUGGGUUCAGCCAGAUGCGGGAGCGGGAGGUGAAGCUGUGGGACACGCGGCAGUUCAACAAGGCGAUGCUCACCAUGGCGCUGGACACCUCACCUGGGGUGGCUAUCCCGCUGUACGACGCCGACACGGGGCUGCUGGUGCUGGCGGGGAAGGGAGAAAACCUCCUAUACUGCUUCGAGGUGGCACCCACGCAGCCGGCACUCACACAGGUGACCCAGUGCCGGACGGAGGGCAGCACACGAGGCUUGGCCGCCGUGCCACGCCUGGCCCUGGAUGUCAUGGCCUGUGAGGUGCUCCGUGUCCUGCAGCUCACUGACACCGCCCUCGUCCCCAUCAGCUACGUGGUACCACGCAAGUCCAUCCAGGACUUCCAUGAGGAUCUAUUCCCUGACUGUGCGGGGAUGCUGCCAGCCACCGGUGCCCAGGCCUGGUGGGCAGGGGACAACCAGCAGGUGGGAAGGGUGAGCCUGCACCCUGCCCGGAGACCCACAGAGACCUUCAGCUCCCCUGUCAUCACCUGCACCGACACACCGCCAGCAGCUGACACCAGCCUUGGUGAUGCCGACCGGAGCGAGGGCAGUGGCUACUCCUCGCCGUCCUCGCUGGCCUCGCCAGGCAGUGCCACCACCUCCCUCUCGGCCAGCACCGGCCCUUCCAGCGGCUUUGCCAGCAGCCCCAGCCAGAAGUCGCUGCAGAGCAUUUUGGGGCCCAGCUCCCGCUUCCGACACACGCAGGGCAGGGUGCUGCACCGCGACACCCACCUCACCAACCUGCGGGGGCUCAGCCUCACCACGCCGGGCGAGUGCGACGGCUUCUGCGCCAACCACCAGCGCGUCGCCCUCCCCCUGCUCUCUGCCGGCGGCCAGAUCGCCAUCCUCGAGCUCUCCAAGCCCGGCCGUCUCCCCGAUGCAGCCGUGCCCACCAUCCAGAACGGCGCAGCAGUGGCCGACCUCUCCUGGGACCCCUUCGACGCGCGGCGCCUUGCUGUUGCGGGUGAAGACGCCAAGAUCCGGCUGUGGCGAAUCCCUGAGGGAGGGCUGCAGGAGACACUGCAGGAGCCCGAAGCCAUCCUCCGAGGUCACACGGAGAAGAUUUACUCCAUCCGCUUCCACCCUGUGGCGUCUGAUCUUCUGGUUUCCUCCUCCUACGAUAUGACGGUGCGGAUCUGGGAGCUGAGUGCCGGGCGGGAAGCCUUGUGCCUGCAGGGACACACCGAUCAGAUCUUCAGUCUGGCUUGGAGCCCUGACGGGAAGAAGCUGGCGACGGUGAGCAAGGACGGCCGGUUACGACUCUACGAGCCCCGCCGCAGUCCUCAGCCUCAGCAGGAGGGUCCAGGUCCCGAGGGGAGCCGUGGAGCACGCCUGGUUUGGGUUUGCGGUGGUGACUACCUCCUGGUGUCCGGCUUUGAUAGCCGCAGUGAGAGGAGGAUCCUCCUGUAUCGGGCACAGGCUCUGUCCGAGGGAGCUUUGUCUGUUGUUGGCCUUGACAUGGCCCCUUCAACCCUCCUGCCCUUCUACGAUGAGGAUACCAGCGUCGUCUUCCUCACCGGCAAGGGUGACACCAGAGUCUUCCUCUACGAGGUGACACCCGAGCCCCCCUAUUUCCUCGAGUGCAACAGCUUCACUUCCAGCGAACCCCACAAGGGCUUCGUCUUCCUGCCCAAAACAGCUUGCGAGGUGCGAGAGGUGGAGUUUGCCCGUGCGCUGCGCCUCGGGCAGAGCACCCUCGAGCCGGUGGCUUUCUGCGUGCCACGCGUCAAGAAGGAGUAUUUCCAAGACGAUGUCUUCCCGCUAACCCGCGUUUGGUGGGAGCCAGCCCUAGGUGGCAGAGCCUGGCUGGUGGGCGAGGAUGGGCAGCAGCGCCGUGCCAGCCUGCGGCCAGCGGACAUGAGGCCAGUGAGCGAGGCACCCAAGGAGGCUCCAGCAAGGAAGUUCGUCCCUGCGUCUGUGUACCUGGAGGAGAAGUCUGAGGAGCAGAAGAAGGAGGAGCUCCUGACGGCCAUGGUGGCCCGGCUGGGCAACCGGGAUGACCCACUGCCUCAGGACUCCUUCGAGGGGGUGGACGAGGAUGAGUGGGACUGAGCCGGACCCCGGCACCUGGAGAGCCACGGCGAGGACCCUGCAGCCGUUGGGGAGCACCGAGGGGAGGGGGGGCCCCGAGCCCAGCGCGGGCAGGACCCGCAAAUAAAGCCCUGCACCCAGAAAGCCUGCGAG